AAUAUCUGCAAGAAAGAAGCCAUCGUUGUUUCAAAGGAAUCCUGUUAUGAUGAAGAGAAAGGAUCAAACAUCUUUGGUUGAUCUUUGUGUUGAGAAAGCUAUUGAUAAUGUAAAAUACCUUGGAGAUGUUAGUCAUGUUGAUCAUCAUAUGCUUGAGAGAAUCUUGCCUCACUGCACACUUGAUCAGUUGAUGCAUAUUGAGAAGGCAAGUGAAGGGAUGGAUUUGAGCCCUAUAACUGAUAAAUUGUGGAAAAAAUUCUUUGAAAAGCAGUUUGGUAUAAAUUGCACUAAUGAAGUAGUUAAGAAGAUGAAAGAAAAAAGAGUUUCAUUCACUUGGUUGCAGCUGUAUGAGGCUAAGGUAAAAAAAAUGGCUCAGGCUGAGAAUGAAGCAGUUGAUCGACUCGCGCAACGCUACAAGGAAGAAGAUGCAAGAAAACAAAGCAGGAAAAUAAAAACAUGCACCAUAGUUCCACCUAAUAAAAGAAGAUUUUCUGGAGACAACGGACCUGGAUCAAAUGUGAAGAGCAGCAACAUAAUGAAGAAGUCAAAGAAAGAUUUUCUUAAUAGUUUUGAGGUAAAAAAUAUCACAGCAAUGAAGAAUAAUUGUAACCAGAAGAAGAGUAGUAAUUCAUCAGGCAUCAUCAAAACUGGAAGCAUGGGUGGAAUUGGUUCAACUUCCAAAUAUCUCACUUUUUAAGACAGGCAAUGAGA